AUGGGGUUUGCCUACUCCAUCAUCUUCCUGGUGUGUUUGGUUGGGAACAUGAUCGUGUGUGUGAUGAUUGUGAAGAGUAAGAGGACCAGUAGUGCCACCGACUACUUCAUCUUCAACCUGGCCGUCUGCGACCUUCUUGUGGGCAUCUUCUGUAUACCGUUCACAUUCGUCAAACACGUAUUCCCAGUGCUAUCUUUGGGACCAUUCGCCUGUAAGUUCAUUCCGCUGGCUCAGGGAGUUGCGGUUGGAGCGUCUGUCUUCACACUGAUGGCGAUUGCCUACGACAGGUACAGACUGGUUAUUCAUCCCAGUAAAAACAAGGCUCCUGUGAAGUACUGGUCCUGUAUCCUGUCCGGAGUGUGGGUGUCCGCCAUUUCCAUCAUGGUCCCACAGGCUGUGGUGCGAGCGGAAAUCAUCCACAACAUGCUGCCAGCCCCUGGGGGCGACAUCAAAGUGUGCCAGGAGUUCUGGCCUUCCUACACCCAGCAGCAAGCCUACAGCGCCGCUCUGCUGGCCUGCUGCUACCUGGGGCCGCUCGUCAUCUCUGCGUGUCUGUAUCUGAUGGUCGCCAUCACGCUUCGCAGGCGGAGGGGCACCAACAACACCAUGCACGCCUCCCAGCGAUUCAACAAGGUCACCAAGAUGUUGGUGAUCGUCAUUGUGCUGUUCACGCUGUCGUGGAUCCCACUCUACACCUGCUGGAUGGUGGAAGACUUCGGCGGGCUGACUCCCCAAGAGAAACUCACACUCCACGACUACGUCUACCCCUUCGCACACUGGCUCGCCUUCUCCAACAGCUGUGUGAACCCGCUGCUUUACGGCUACUUUAACAAGAGCUUGCGCAAACGGUUUAGGGACUCUCUGGUGCGCAGAUCGGACAAUGAGAUCACAGGGGGGAACUUAUCGUUGAAAAUCAAGGCCAAUGUCAACAGGAAAGCCAUUCUGAAAUACCGUCGGAAGUCAAAUAAACUUAAUAAGUAA